AUGGAAGCUCAAACUUUAUUGUUUCUACUCUCUUUACUUUUAUAUAAUUUUUUUAUCCCAGUACAAUCUGCGGCCGUAAGAAAGAGAGCUCCAUCUGGUGUUCCACAAUACGCUUUAGACUAUGCACCUCUUGUAUACCUCCAUUCAGACGACGAAUACAGACCUUCUAACAUUCGCUCCAUGCUAAGAAACACUCAGCCCCGAGUUAACUUCAAGCCGAUUCCCGGAAUCCCACAACCGGUGACUUUAGACAACUUAGACCAGCUGAAUGAUUUCGGCGGCGAUUCGGUUUACCUCACAUCUGUCAAUGAUGUCGCGGCCGACAGCCAGCAGGCGUGGCUAAAAGGAGUAACCCCAGACGCCACAGGCUUGACGAACGGCGCUAUAUCCGCCACAAUAAUUGUCAAUGAAAAGGACGCUACUACUACAGACGUCUUCUACUUCUACUUCUAUAAUUUCAACUCGGGGCCUCCAGUUUGGGGAAUAAAAUUUGGAGAUCAUGUUGGGGAUUGGGAGCACAUUAUGGUCAGAUUUCAGAACGGCAUACCGUCAGCUCUUUGGUACUCACAGCAUGCCGAUGGUCAAGCCUUUACCUACGAAGCAGUUGAGAAGCUCGGAAAGCGGCCUGUUGGGUAUAGUGCCAAAGGCUCUCACGCUAACUACGCAAUGGGAGGGCUCCACGAUCAUACAAUUCCCAAUUUCAACUUGCCAGGGGCCUUCUUCCUUGUCGACGAUACAAACAAAGGAAUUCUUUGGGAUCCAACUCUUUCGGCCUAUUACUACAAAUUUGACGUGGGGACUAGUAGCUUCACAUCUUAUAAUCCUGCAUCCCCGGUGAACUGGCUUUACUUCAAAGGCAAAUGGGGCGAUCAGCAAUACCCUAAGGAGCACGAAGGGCAAUACAUCUUAUUCGGGCAGGCAAGGUAUGGCAAUGGUCCUACAGGGCCUCUAGGGAAGGAACUACAGCGAAAAGAUAUCUGCCCAAGCAACGUCAAGCCAUGCUGGGUGAGGCCCUUCCUUACCGCCAAACUUGAAAAGGAAUAA